GCGCUGAGCUCAUCCCGGGCAGGCGCACGAGCCAGCGCGCCUUGGGGAGCCGGGGCGCCUCGCUGUGUCGUUGCCUUUUGGGGGAAACCGAAACCGAAGCGCGUCGCUCCGCCCCAAAACAGCCGCCCCGCAGGACCCGGCUUCCUUUCCUCCGCCUUCUCGGGACGAGGGAGGCGCUUCGCCGGGAGGCAGCGCUUGGUCGGACCUCGGCUGGGAGCGCCCACUGGGAAGGGCGCGGAGCCAGGUCGCCUUCUCCGCCCGGCGCAUUUACGCAGCGCCCUCGCCCCGGCCUAGCCGCUCGCUCGCCCCCCUCUCGCCCGUCUCGCCGCCAUGAGGAAGCUCUGCCUGGGCACGGUGGGCGUGCUGUCCAUGACCCUGCUCAUCGCCAGCGUCGCCCUGCUCGUGGCCCGCGUCUUGCAGAAAGCCGUGGAGCUGCAAGUCCGACAGGAAACUGUGUUAAAAAAUGGUACGGAACUUUUUGAAAUGUGGGAGGAGCCUCCGCCGCCAGUUUACAUGCAGUUCUAUUUUUUUAACUUGACCAAUCCUUUGGAAGUGGUUCAGGGUGAACCUCCCAUUGUGAGAGAAGUUGGACCGUACACUUACAGGGAACACAGGCUCCACGUAGAUAUUCACUUUUUAGACAACGGCACCAAAGUGUCUUCUCUGAAUCCAAAGAGUUACUUCUUUGAGCCGGAGAUGUCCGUGGGAGACCCGGAAGCUCAUCUGAUCAGGACUAUAAACAUGCCUGCACUGGUUGCAAUGAACAUGGCUACAGCAACGCCCAUGCGUUUCCCUGCAGAGAUCUUGCUCAUAUUAUAUGACGAAAACUUGUUCACGACACGCUCUGUCCAUGAACUGCUGUGGGGCUACACAGACAAGCUUCUCAGCGCCCUACACAAGUUCCGCCCCAGUAUUGACCCAGACUUCGGCUAUUUAAAAAAGAUGAACGGGUCCGAUGAUGGCGAGUACAUUGUCCUCAGCGGGGAGAAGAACUACCUUGACUUCACGAGGAUCGUCAAGUGGAGAGGGAAAGACUCACUAGACUGGUGGACGUCACCAACUUGUAACAUGAUCAAUGGAACCAACGGUGAUACUUUCCACCCAUUGAUAGACACUGGUGAAACCCUCUACGUUUUCUCGUCAGACUUCUGUAGGUCCAUGCACCUCACGUUUCAGAAGUAUGUGACGGUUGAAGGGAUCUCGGCCUACCGGUUUUCGCCUCCCGAGAUGCUCUUUGCAAACUCCUCUGUCAAUCCAGACAAUGCCGGGUUUUGUGUACCGGCAGGGAACUGCCUAGGGGCAGGGGUCCUGAACAUCAGUGCCUGCAAUCAAGGUGCACCAAUAUUUUUAUCACCCCCACACUUUUACCUAUCUGAUGAUAAGUAUGUCCAGGACAUCGAUGGCAUGCACCCGAAUAAGGAGGAGCACGAGACAUAUUUGGACAUAAACCCUUUGACAGGAGUGCUAGUCAGAGCAGCCCGGCGAAUGCAGAUCAAUGCUUACGUUGAAAAGCUACCAGAUUUUAUCCAAACAGGCAACAUCAAAACCAUGUUCUUCCCUGUGUUCUACAUAAACGAGAGUGUCGUGCUGGACAAAGCGUCAGUGGCAAAACUGAAGACGGUUCUUCUUGAAACUGCGGUGAUGACCAGUGUCCCCUAUAUCAUCUUGGCACUAGGAGUUAUUUUUGGUGCUCUGUUCGUUGCGCUUGUCUGCAAGCCCUUACGGGCGAGGGAGGAGGGCAGCGAAGGUUUAGUAGACACAGAGUAAGCACCUUUCCGCAAACGUUCCGCUGCUGUCUUGAGACACAUGGCUUCUGAAGACGAGAGAGCUCCGCUCAUCCGGACAUCUUGACUCAAUUUCCCCAGCAACAAGAAGAACAACAACACUUUUCAGAAACGAGCUUAGUGAUGACUGAACUAUGCAAACUGCUCUUAACUGCAACCACUGCACUGUACAACAGUCUCGACCGUCUCCCCAGCUCCCAAAGCACACUAAUAUAUGUAAUGUUUCGGGUUUUGCGGCGUUCAGGAAGGGUUUGCUUUGUGAAAAGCGGACUGCUGUUUGACGAGGGGAGGUUGCAGUAUUGCCUUUUCUAAAAAGCUGGAACAAAGGCAACUUCCGUUUUCUUCCAAGAUUGCACCAAGCAGUGUUCUAAUAUCCCUGUGUGGCUAUAGAGACUUUCACUGGUGUUCUCCCAUUGAUUCCCAUGGGACUGUUGUAGUGUAGGUGUCUGUGGAUCGGCCCCUUUUGUUUGCCUGUUUGGCGGGCCAUAGGAGUUUACGUCAGCUGCAAUGGGUCCUUUUUUAUUUAUUACAAUCACUAGGUACAAUCCUGUCCUUCAGUAACCUGACUUACUGCCAGUCUCUCUGACAUACUAGGCAUUUUACUUUCCCCCUUGUGUCCAUUUUCACAUGGCACAGCUGGGCUUUUUAUCUGGUGGGAAUGUUUUGUAGGUCUAGCUAGCUCAUGAUCUUGAUCCUACAGUGCAAAGGGAGAUCUCGAGCCUCCAGCACCUUUGUCAUGGGUAUGGCUGCAGAACUAACACAGCCCACUGUUGUACCAUGGUUUUGGAAUGCUCCCCCCCCCAAAAAAAAUGCAUACAUGUGAAAGUGGCCUGGAGCCGGUCCAUCAUCGCUACUUGAGUCACAGAUACAUGGUCCAGUGGCCUAUUUUAAAAAUGUGUCCAGUUCAGCAGCUGUCUUUUAGGUGAAUUGAUGUGUCUUCCCAUGCAAAUGUUUUCUAAAAGCUGGUCUGCAGAUAGAAAAUGUUCACCGAGAGCCGGCUCUCAAAUAUUUGAUAAGGAACACUAAGGGAGUACAUUUGAAUAAGCACACCUGUAAAGAUCACCGAUUGCUCUUUUUCCACGGGCUGCCUAAAAUUGUCAAAGACGCUCUCCUCUUGCAUUCUCUGUUUGCUGCAUUCCCUGCAGAGCAAACCAAGCCCUUGACAUGCUACCUCAAAGGGGCAAGGAAAUGGCAAUGCUUUCCUUUUGCCCUGGGCUCUGCCAGCAGGACCCUCCAUCACUGCAAAAAUGCUGGAAGUGCAGGCAGGUAGAAGCAACCAUCGACAGUAUCCUUGCUGGCAGCAGCCAACCUUAGACUGCCCCCCCCCAAAACCCCAGGCAUUUUGGGAUGGGCGGGGAGAGCUGCCUUAGCUGGAUCAGCUAUUGGCAAUGGACCUGAUCUCUCUUGCCCAAGCCAGCCUAGAGUUGGUUUAACAACAACUGGUAGCUUUUAUUCUCAUCCUGUUCUGCUGUGGCAGGAGGGCUCUGUAUGCAGUAGUGUUUUGCUGCUUGAUUCAGCCCCACCGCUCCCAGCUUGAAGUUGCAAUGGCUUUAGACAUAAUCUCCGAAUAAGCCAGUUUCCCGGAUCUAGUAGCAUGCAGCAUUUUAAGGGACCUCUCAGUGAGAGGCAUCUAGCUGUGUCAACCCUCCCUCCCUGUCUGCUUAUCUAGAAAGAAAAGCUCGAGCCUCCCCGAGUGUAAAAAGGCGCAAACUCUCAUUGUGAGGUCUGGAAGAGGAAAGAGCUGCAUUGCCUAAUGGGGAGUUUAAGGCACCUGAAUCAGGACCCUGUGGGAAAAGAGCUGCUCUGUUGUCUUGCACAGGUGUGCAUACCGGAGAAGAAGGGAAGGGUUGAAUCGCAAGCUACCUUCGCUGGAGAGAAGGAGUGGGCACCCAACCACUAGGUCAUUACUUAAUGACCAGCUGAGCCUCUUCUGAGAGGCCCAGCCCAUACUUAGAUAGGUAUAGCAAGCAACAUAACCGGCAAGUGAUCUGUACACUUUUUCUUCCUUAUUGCUUUGCUUUUGGCACUACCUAAAAUCUCAUUCUGCCUGCUGACCAAAUGCCCCAUUAUUAUAUUUAAAGAUCUCUUAUUGAUUCUUCAAAGUAACAUGGUUUAAUAUCUCCCCCAUCCAAACACCCCAUUAUUGAGUUGAUUGCAUUUCCCCCUCCCAUUGGAAAAGGAAUUAUUACCUGAAGCUGCAGUAGAAGGCAGUUUCCCCAUCUGUUUUUGGAGUGGAUGUCAAAGACACACAACUUUUUGCCAUUCAUAGUGUUCACUAAGAACAGUUAUUCCUUUAUUUUGGUUGUGCCUGUGCGGGAGCCAUGGAAUGUGUUGCUAGAAUUCUUUUUCUGGACCAGCCGAAAGACCCAUCUAGUCCACUGUUCCAUUUCCAGCUGUGGUUUCACCAGUGGCCUUCCAGAUGUUGCCCAACUCCUGAUUUCAUUAAAGACCUCAAGUCUAUGUAGGAGAAAGAGAUGAUUCCCCCAUUACUAGAACCUGAGAGUCAUCUAAUGGAGGGAAGCUGAUGCCCCGUGGUUGGCCAAUGGAAGCUGCAGGCAUUGCAGAUUGAUGUGCAUCCUUAAUUGUUUCCUUGGAAGCUUGUGCAAAUUAUUUCCUGCGGUACAUUUACAAAAUUAUAGCAUGAACAUUUACACUUCCAGCAGUUGGCACACAGCAUUGCUUAAAAUAACUGGAAAAGAAGAAGAAAAGAAGCAAAAAAUAACUUGGAACCAUGAAUAGUAUUAGUGUUGUAUUAUUUCUGAUAGAUGUGCCUCUACAGGUAGGUCAUUGGCUCAGAUCACCUUUCAGUGUUGUCUUAUACUUUAAAAGGAAUUCAGAGUUCUUGAAAUCGCCCCUUGGAUGCUGCCUCUCAGUCUUAGUAUUCUGGGGUUGAGUAGUGUUUAAGAGUGCAAAGCCUCCUAGGCUGCUUAAGUUAUGUGGGAGUUGGGAAAGAUGACACUCCAGGUUUUGCUUCACUACGACUCAGAUCCUUGGCCAUGCUGGCUGGGGCUGAUGGGAGUUGGAGUCCAACAACUUCCGCAAGGCCACAAGCUCUCCUCCCUUGUUUAUAGUGUCUGGUCAAGGCAGGGAGAUUGCGCACAGUACUAUCACGAGUGGCUAAAGCAAGGGCUGCGCAAUAUUUAUAAAAUAGUGAGCAGCCCUCAGAAAAUAUUGCCUGUCCUGUGUCUCUAAAUUUAGACAGAACCAUGUAUACAACAGGAUGGGCCAUCUGCUUGCUGUGAACAACAGUGAGUGCACUGUGUUAGCAAAACACAGUUAGCAAAAGAGCAAAAAGUUCCAGGAUCCUUUCCUAUUUUGGUUUGAGGGGUGGUGAUGGUGACAUUUGUGGGCACUUUUAUUUUUCUAGUUGUGGAGACGGUUUGCUUCCCUGUUAGAUAGUUCUGCUGCAAGAAAGUCUCCUGCUGCUGUGGAUGUUCAAGGAAGCUUGUCAUCUGCCAUUACUGAUUUUCCAACAGAGGAGCUCCUAGGGGACUUUAGGAUUUCCUGGAACAUAAGUUGAAAGUCGCUGCACAAUCUCGUGUGGGCUGCGCUGACUUAACUGAUGGUUUGCAAGUGCUUUUUUAAAUUGCUUGGAGAGCUUCAGGUACAGAAUAUUUAUAAGAAUGGUGUAAGCCAGGAAGCCUGUAUUAGGCCCAUAUUAUAUGAUGUGGACCUAAGCUUGAGAAAGUUUUCCCCGAGGCCACGACAAUGAGCCUACUAUCGAAUCUGUUCAAUAAUACUUCUCCAUAUUUAAAACAUACUUAGUGGUGCAGCCAGAAAAUCUAUAGGGACAUGUCACAGUUGACAACUUUUUAAUGCAAAAAGAGAAAUCUAGUAUCAGGACAAACUCUGGAAAAGAUUCAGCUGUUAUUUGGGGCAAUUCUUUGUAGGUCAAUCAUGGUAGUUUCUCUAAAGCAAGAAUGCCCUUUUUUGGUGGGGGGAAUCUAACACUGACUCUUUACACUCAGCCCUGUAAGUAAUGAACAAAGUGGACUGUUGUCAUGUCAAUGAACUGUUGUCAUGUUAAUGUGGAAUAUCACAUUAAAUGGCUUUUUUUUGUUUCA